CUCCAAGUUCUCUGCCACUGUAGAGCAGAAUAGCCACAACCCCACGCCAAGCUCUCUCUCUCUCUCUUUCUGUGUAGCUAUAUAUCUAUAGCUGAGCUUCGAGCAGUCUUUGGUUGAGAGCAAUGGGGCAGGAAUCUUUUAUAUAUAGCUUCGUCGCUCGGGGGACGAUGGUCUUAGCUGAGUACACUGAGUUCACCGGCAACUUCCCGGCGAUUGCAGCUCAGUGUCUUCAGAAACUACCUUCCUCCAACAACAAGUUCACUUACAAUUGUGACCGCCACACCUUCAAUUUUCUACUCGAGGAUGGUUACGCUUACUGUGUUGUUGCAAAGGAAUCUGUUAGCAAGCAGAUCUCCAUUGCUUUCCUAGAACGUGUCAAAGCAGACUUUAAGAAAAGAUAUGGUGGUGGAAAAGCAGAUACAGCUGUUGGCAAAAGUCUCAACAAGGAGUUUGGACCGGUUAUGAAAGAGCAUAUGAAGUAUAUCAUAGACCAUGCUGAGGAGAUUGAAAAGCUAAUAAAAGUGAAAGCUCAAGUUUCAGAAGUUAAAAGUAUAAUGUUAGAGAACAUCGACAAGGCUAUUGACAGAGGAGAAAAUCUAACCAUCCUUGCGGACAAGACAGAAACAUUGAAGUCACAGGCCCAAGAAUUCAAAAAGCAAGGAACACAGGUCCGUCGGAAGAUGUGGUACCAGAACAUGAAAAUCAAGUUGAUUGUUCUUGGAAUUUUGUUGUUUUUAGUCCUCGUUAUCUGGCUCUCUGUUUGCCACGGAUUUGACUGUACAAAUGACCCGUGAUCUUUCAGUUUAUAUAUUGGUUCUUUAUAAUGGUGUCUACAUGUAGUGAAUAGGGAAGAAAAUCUGGUUUGAAGGGGGAUUUUGGCCACUAAAAAGAAAAGGUUUACUACCAUCUUUGCUGGCCGGUAUCCUGUAGUAUUUACAAAUUCUUAAAAAGAGGAAUGAGAAUGUCACUAUAUCAUGUGCUGGAAAAAUUACUGUGUUGUAGUUUUCUUUUUCUUUUUUUUUUAAGUACGAAAAUUGUAAUUUUUGUUUCACAGUUUUGAUCUUGAACCAUGUGAUUUUGGCUCCCCUGUUGAA